UCGCGGCCCCCGAGAGUCAGGCAGAAGCGGGGCAGAAGGGACAGCGCCAGAGGCCAGUGCUCCCAACCCAGUAAUUCCAGUCACUGACUGGCGGCAGAACAAGGGUCGGAGCCUGGGGCCGCUUGUCGCGGAGUGGCGGCGCGGGCGGGCCAUGUCUUGGGACUCCCCGUCGCUGUGGGUGCUGGUAGAGGAGCACAUUCCGCUCCCGGAGCGGCCCGAAGUGAAGAGGAUUCUGGGGGAGACGACGGUGGACCUGAGCCUGGAACUGCGGGCAGAGGUGGUGAUGCUACAGUCACUGCUCCGUGAGGCUCGAUCCUCCCAAGCCUCUGGCUCCCGACCCACCUCUGACCCCUCCUCCCUUCUGGCACCACCGCCCCUCCUAAGAGACCUCGUGCGCCAGGAACUGAGACAGCUACUCCUUGGUCUCCGCCAGAAGGCCAUCUGCGAGGGCAGAGACCAGACCCAGGCUUGGAUCCAGUAUAGCCCCAGGGUCCUGCGCUUUGCCCUGGAGGAGCCUGGGUGUAAUUUGCCAGAACAGGAGAUAUUCCAGAUGAGAGCUGGUGAAUCCAGCAGUCAGAGGGACCUCAGCAUCAUCAAGGACCAGCUGAACGUGUCCAGCAUCGACCAGGUUGCCAGACACCUGCGGAGCCUCCUGGAGGAGGAGUGUCACACGUUGGAGAGGAUGAUCCCCAUCCUACAGCGCCGCCUGGAAGAGGAGUAUACAGGGGCAUCCCAGCCCUCUGAGGCCACCCUAGAGCCCACCCUGGCAGAGCUACGGGAACAGAAGGUGGCCAUGCAACAAGAGCUGCAGGUGCCUCUGAGGCCUUCCUGUGUCUCUUCCAGCCACAGGCAGCAGCCCGCGGGGUCCUCCAAGGGUCUCAGACCCUUGCCUUGCCUCCGUGGGGCUUCUGGAGUUUGGGCUGAGCCUCUCCGGUGCUGCCUGCCGGCCCCUCCUCUGGAGCGCUGCCCCCGACCUCGAGGCCUGACUACCACCUGCCGCUGGGGACGGAAGCUUCAGCACAGCCCUGGGAAAAGGCCAACUUCUACUCCAAUGUCCAGUACAGCACCCCAGGCCCCAACCUGAACGACCGGUCACAAAGUAGGCUUCGGCUCACCCCAUCCUCUGCUGCCACCUCUCAGCUGCCGUGGCCCAGCCCGCUUCAGAUCUCGUCUUGGUUGGAUGGGCCCUGGCCAGGACGCCAAGGCUGUCUGUCUAUCUGGCCCUUGCUUGUCCCACCCCGUCGCCAGGUCCCUAGUGUCUGCUUCUGACGAUCAUAGCCUUUGGCCUUUCUUCUCCCAGCCCUCCACAAACUCUUGGCAGGCAGAGGUCUCAUCCCAGCCCCAACUCUUGUCCCCCUGGGGGACUCACACAAAGCACAGCAGCAGCUCAGAGACAGGAAUAGAAAUUUCAUUAAAAUCUAUGGACUUUAAAAUCCUAGUGGUGCACGGAUGGGUAGGGGUGGGCGGUGCACCGUUAUUGCUACAGAGGAUUAGAGGCGGCUGUUCUGGGGCUGUCACUGCACAGAGGGGCACAGAGGAUGGACAGACA